GCUCCCCGCUCUCGGCUCCCCGGGCGCCGCGGCCGCCGCCUCUUCCGCCGCCGGGCCCCGGGGCCUCCGCAGCGACAACAUGGAGGCCGUCAAGACCUUCAAUAGCGAGUUGUAUUCCCUGAAUGACUAUAAACCACCGAUUUCUAAAGCAAAAAUGACCCAAAUUACAAAGGCAGCCAUCAAAGCUAUCAAGUUCUAUAAGCAUGUAGUACAGAGUGUUGAGAAGUUCAUUCAGAAGUGUAAGCCAGAAUACAAGGUACCUGGACUUUAUGUUAUCGACUCCAUUGUACGACAAUCUCGACAUCAGUUUGGUCAAGAAAAGGAUGUGUUUGCGCCCAGAUUUAGUAAUAACAUAAUUAGCACUUUUCAGAAUUUAUAUCGUUGUCCCGGUGAUGAUAAGAGUAAAAUAGUGAGAGUAUUAAACUUAUGGCAGAAGAACAAUGUAUUUAAAAGUGAGAUUAUUCAGCCCCUUUUGGAUAUGGCAGCAGGGAUUCCUCCCCCUGUUGCCACUCCAGUGCUGGCCAGUACUACUGCUGCGAUGAGCAAUACGCCAGGAACUCCAGUGACACCUGUGACUCCAGCCACUGUGGUCCCAGGCUUACCUGACCCAUGGGUAUCUCAGAUAACAAACACUGAUACACUGGCGGCCGUUGCACAGAUCUUACAGAGUCCUCAAGGCCAGCAGCUUCAACAGUUAAUACAGACGUUACAGAUACAGCAGCAGAAGCCACAGCCUUCGAUCCUGCAGGCCCUGGAUGCUGGUCUUGUUGUUCAGUUGCAGGCUCUCACAGCACAGCUCACUGCUGCAGCCGCAGCAGCCAACACACUGACCCCUUUGGAGCAGGGAGUCUCUUUCAACAAGAAGUUGGUGGAUAGGUUUGAUUUUGGAGAAGAUUCUGAGCAUAGUGAAGAACCCAAAAAGGAAAUUGCAACUCCUCAAUUGUCCCAUGUGCCAGACUCUGUGAACAAUUCCAUCUUCCAUCAGAUAGCAGAGCAGCUGCAGCAGCAGAACCUGGAGCACCUGAGACAGCAGCUCCUGGAGCAGCAGCCGCCACCGAAGGCAACGCCUCAGGAUAGUCAGGAAGGCACAUUUGGGUCUGAGCAUUCAGCAUCACCGUCCCAGAGCAGCAGUCAGCAGCAGUUUCUGGAGCCUGAAGCGAAUCCGGAUGAUUCCAUAGAUAUUCAGCAACAGGAUAUGGAUAUAGAUGAAGGGCAAGAUGGAGUGGAAGAGGAGAUAUUUGAACAAGAAACUAAGAAAGUGGCUCUUCGCUCAAGAUCCAGAACUCAUUCACGGUCUCGUUCAAGAUCACCAAGAAAACGGAGGUCUAGGUCACGGUCUGGUUCUCGGAAGCGCAAACACAGAAAACGCUCCCGUUCCCGCUCGAGGGAAAGGAAGAGGAAGUCCUCCCGGUCCUACUCCAGUGAGAGGAGAGCGCGGGAGCGAGAGAAGGAGCGGCAGAAGAAGGGACUGCCUCCGAUCAGAUCUAAAACGUUAAGCGUAUGUAGCACUACUCUCUGGGUUGGCCAAGUGGACAAGAAGGCAACACAGCAGGAUUUAACCAAUCUGUUUGAAGAGUUUGGACAAAUAGAAUCCAUUAAUAUGAUUCCUCCCAGGGGAUGUGCUUAUGUCUGCAUGGUUCAUCGACAAGAUGCUUUUCGAGCUCUUCAGAAACUUAGUUCUGGGUCAUAUAAAAUUGGAUCCAAGGUCAUCAAGAUUGCCUGGGCUUUAAACAAAGGUGUGAAAACAGAGUACAAACAAUUCUGGGAUGUGGAUCUAGGCGUUACAUAUAUACCGUGGGAAAAAGUUAAAGUGGACGACUUGGAUGGUUUUGCAGAAGGAGGCAUGAUUGAUCAGGAGACUGUAAAUCCUGAAUGGGAGACUGUAAAAAGCUCCGAACCCGUCAAAGAGACAGUACAGACGACCCAGAGCCCGCCUCCUGCCGAGAAGGAGACAGUGGUCACAACCCAGGCGGAAGUCUUCCCGCCGCCUGUUGCUAUGUUGCAGAUCCCGGUAGCACCAGCUGUGCCUACAGUUAGUUUAGUCCCACCAACAUUUCCUGUGUCAAUGCCUGUUCCUCCCCCUGGAUUCAGCCCCAUACCUCCACCUCCUUUUCUGCGAGCAAGCUUUAACCCUUCGCAGCCACCUCCUGGUUUCAUGCCACCGCCAGUUCCCCCACCCGUAGUACCACCCCCUGCAGUUCCACCAGUAGGACCAGCAUCUUUAGUGCAUCCGCCAUUGUCUAUGACCCCAGAAACUGUGAAAGAUGUUGGAUUUGGUAGCCUUGUUUUACCAGGUGGUUCUGUUGCUGGUGGCCUUGCUCCUUCGACUCUGCCAGCCGGAAAUGUUUUUAAUCCCUCAACUAAGCAAGCUGAACCUGAAGAAAAAAUACCUCAUCUUAUAGAUCACCAGAUCUCUUCUGCUGAAAACACCAGACCAGUCAUUCCAAAUGAUAUUUCAAGUAAUGCUGCAGUCUUAGGAGGACAGCCGCCUAAUGUCACAAGCAAUUCUGGAAUUUUGGGAGUCCAAAGACCAAAUGUAUCGAGUAAUUCUGAAAUUCUUGGAGUCCGGCCAUCUAAUGUUUCCAGUACUUCUGGAAUUAUUGGGCCCCAGCCACCAAAUAUUCUGAAUAACUCCGGGAUCCUGGGGAUUCAGCCUCCAACAGUUUCAAAUAGUUCUGGACUUUUGGGGGUAUUACCCCCAAAUAUGCCUAACAAUCCUGGACUUGUAGGAGUACAGCCACCUGUUCCUAAUACAUCCGGACUUUUGGGAACACAGCCACCAGUUGGACCUCAAAAUUUACCCCCUUUAAAUAUUCCCAAUCAGAGGAUGCCUGCAAUGCCAAUGUUAGAUAUUCGUCCAGGACUAAUACCACAGGCCCCUGGACCCAGAUUCCCUUUAAUGCAACCUGGGCUCCCACCACAGCGGGGCAUCCCUCCACCCUCAGUCCUUGAUUCUGCCCUUCAUCCACCACCUCGUGGAGCUUUUCCUCCAGGAGAUAUUUUCAGUCAGCCUGAAAGACCUUUCCUGCCUCCAGGAAGACAAAGUGUAGACAAUGUUACUAACCCAGACAAAAGGCUACCCCUUGGGGGUGAUAACAUUCAACAGGAAGGAGAUAGAGAUUACCGCUUUCCUCCCCUAGAAACCAGGGAAAGCCUUAGUAGGCCGCCCCCAGUGGAUGUCAGGGAUGUAGUGGGCCGCCCCAUGGAUCCAAGAGAAGGUCCUGGAAGGCCUCCGUUAGAUGGAAGAGAUCAUUUUGGAAGACCUCCUGUAGAUAUCAGAGAGAAUCUUGUGAGGCCUGGAAUAGAUCACCUUGGCAGAAGAGAUCACUUUGGUUUUAAUCCAGAGAAGCCGUGGGGGCACAGAGAUUUUGAUGAGAGAGAGCAUCGUGUUCUGCCUGUAUUUGGUGGUCCCAAAGGCUUACAUGAGGAACGAGGUCGGUUUCGGGCUGGAAGCUAUCGCUUUGAUCCGAGAAGUGGUCCUUGGAACAGGGGUUUUGGACAAGAAGUUCACAGAGAUUUUGAUGACCGCAGAAGACCCUGGGAGAGGCAGAGGGACAGGGAUGACCGAGAUCUGGAUUUCUGCAGAGAAGUGAAUGGAAAUCGUCUUGGACGAGACAGAAUUCAAAACACUUGGGCCCCACCUCAUGCUCGGGUCUUUGAUUAUUUUGAAGGAGCCACUUCUCAACGAAAAGGUGAUAACGUGCCUCAAAUUAAUGGGGAAAAUACAGAGAGACAUGCCCAGCCUCCGCCUUUACCAGUGCAGAGUGAUCCUGAACUUUUUGAAAAACUGGCAUCUUCAAGUGAGAUAAGCAAGGAGAAGAGUGACACAGUUGCUGAUGUAGAGAGUGACCCAGUGGUGGUAGAAAGCACAGAAACUGAGGGGACAUAAUCAUCACUCAGAGCAGAGACAGAGCGGCAGGUGAGAAUGGGCAACUCGGAGAGUCAGUACACCCUCCCGGGAUCUAAAAACCACAGCAGUGUGCUGAACGGGGCCAGGCAAAAGCCUUGCUCCCUCAAGAUCCGCAGCGUUCAUGCAAAAGAUGAGAAGUCCUCGCACGGCUGGGUCCACGGUGGCGGAGGGGCCGGCUAUAAGUCCCGGUCACUGGCCCGUGGCUGCUUGUCCCAGCUGAAGGGCAAUCCGCCUUAUGCAGCAGCCAGACCCGGCGGGCCCCCUUGCAAAGGUCCCAGAGGCCUGGUCCACUCCAAGCACAGGGCCGGUGGCCAAGGCCAUGGGCUUCAAGGCCACCCUGCUGCCCUCUACACCGAGAACGGCUUCCAGUGCGGGAGCCACAAGCCACUGCCAGAUAACCACACAACCUCCAGAGACUGCAACGGGCACCUCCUCAACUGCUAUGGCCGGAAUGAGAGCGUGGCGUCCACGCCGCCAGGCCAGGACCGCAGGAGCCCCAGGGUGCUCAUCAAGACGCUGGGCAAGCUGGACGGCUGUCUCCGGGUGGAGUUCCAUAGCGGCGCCGCCCAGCACGGGGCUACCUCACCUGCGGCUGAGCCCGACCCCAACGUGCCUGUGCAGCUGCUGAGGUACUCGCCCACCCUGGAUGCGGACGCUGGGAGGGGCUCCAGCGGCGACUCCCUGGCCAGCCAGCGGCCUUCUCCCACCGACUCACACCUGCGCUCCAGCAAAGGCAGCUCGCUCAGUUCUGAGUCGUCCUGGUACGACUCUCCCUGGGGCCCCACUGCUGAGCUGAGCGAGGUGGAGGGCUCGCCCGAGCCCAGCCUCCCUGCCUGCUUCCCGCCCCAAGACUCCAAAAAGGCUUUCAGUCAAAGCUGCUCUCUCUCCUCGCUCCGGGACAUGUGCCCCUCGGCCAUCGGCCUUUCCCACGAGGACGAGGCCGUGCACACCAGCCUCAGCCACCGCGUGUCCUUUGCUUCGGACAUGGACGUGCCCUCCAGGGUGGAGCGCGGAGUGCCUGGCCGGUACAGCUCCUUCACCCUGCCCUGCCGCAGGUCCAAGGCCUUCGCAGAGGAUCCCACCAAGAAGGACACGCUCAAGGCCAGGAUGCGUCGCAUCAGUGACUGGACAGGGAGCCUGUCCAGGAAGAAGAGGAAACUGCAGGAGCCGAGGUCCAAGGAGGGCAGUGACUUCUUUGACAGCCGCUCUGAUGGGCUCAAUCCUGACCUACAGCCCCCCUUCCAGGCACCCGCCCCGCUGUGGUCAGGAGGCUCGGCUCAGGUCCUGUCUCAGAGAAGCGAGUCCACUCACGCGGUCGGCAGCGAUCCCCUCCAACAGAACAUUUACGAGAACUUCAUGCGAGAACUGGAAAUGAGCCGGGCCACCACUGAGAACGUGGAGACGUCGACGGAGACGGCCGAGUCCAGCAGCGAGUCGCUGAGCUCGCUGGAGCAGCUGGAUGUGCUGUUUGAGAAGGAGCAGGGUGUGAUCCGGAAAGCCGGGUGGCUUUUCUUCAAGCCCCUGGUCACCUUGCAGAAGGAGAGGAAGCUGGAGCUGGUGGCCCGUAGGAAGUGGAAACAGUACUGGGUAACUCUUAAAGGCUGCAUGCUGCUGUUCUAUGAGACCUACGGGAAGAACUCGGCGGAUCAGGCCGGCAGCCCCCGGUGUGCCCUGCUUGCGGAGGACAGCAUAGUGCAGUCUGUGCCAGAGCACCCCAAGAAGGAGCACGUGUUCUGCCUCAGCAACUCCUUCGGCGACGUCUACCUUUUCCAGGCCACCAGCCAGACAGACCUGGAGAACUGGGUCACCGCCAUCCACUCUGCGUGCGCAUCCCUUUUUGCCAAGAAGCACGGGAAAGAGGACACGGUGCGGCUGCUGAAGAGCCAGACCAAGGGCCUGCUCCAGAAGAUCGACAUGGACAGCAAGAUGCGCAAGAUGGCCGAGCUGCAGCUGUCGGUGGUGAGCGACCCCAAGAACAGGAAGGCCAUCGAGAACCAGAUCCAGCAGUGGGAGCAGAACCUGGAAAAGUUUCACAUGGACCUCUUCAGGAUGCGAUGCUACCUGGCCAGCUUACAAGGAGGGGAAUUACCGAACCCCAAGAGUCUCCUGGCAGCCGCCAGCCGCCCCUCCAAGCUGGCUCUUGGCAGGCUGGGUGUCCUGUCCGUGUCUUCUUUCCACGCUCUGGUGUGCUCCAGGGAUGACUCAACUCUGCGGAAAAGAACACUGUCCCUGACACAGCGGGGGAGGAGCAAGAAGGGCAUCUUCUCCUCCCUGAAAGGCCUGGACACCCUGGCAAGAAAAGGCAGGGAGAAGAGGGCCUCCGUAGCUCAGGUGGAUGAACCUCUGCAGCUGUGCAGUUCAUAGGUAGAUGGCGCUCCCCGGGACAGCAUGCAGGAGAGCCAGGCUUUUGUUCACUUUCCGGAUAACGGAGGAGUCAGGGUAACAAUCAAUGCAGAACACAGAGUAGAAGGUAUUUUGACUCUGGCAGCCAAGCUGAGGCACUGGGACCCCAGCCACUAUGGCCUUCAGCUUCGAAAAUCAGUAGAUGGAAACAUUGAGUGCUGUGUUCCUGCACCAGAUGAAUAUAUGCAAAAGCAGGUUUACGAUGAAGUAGAAGUCUUUCCUCUAAACGUUUAUGAUGUGCGGCUCACAAAGACUGGGAGUGUGUCUGACUUCGGGUUUGCAGUUACGGCGCAGGUGGACGAGCGGCAGCACAUCAGCCGGAUAUUUGUGAGCGACGUCCUCCCCAACGGCCUGGCUUGCGGGGAAGGGCUGAGGAAGGGCAAUGAAAUCGUGGCCCUGAAUGGGGAAGCCGUGUGUGACCUGCACCUGAAGCAGAUGGAGGCCCUGUUCACCGAGAAGAGCGUUGGGCUCACACUCGUUGCCCGGCCUCCCCACGUGAGAGCCACGCUGGGCACCUCCUGGUCGGACAGUGACCUGUUCUCCAGGGACCAGGAAGGGCUCUCACCCCCUCCCAACCAGUCCCAGCUUUUGGAGGAAUUCCUGGACAACAUGAAAAAGAAUAUAACCAAUGAUUUCAGCAAUGUCCCUGACAUUCCAACCAGUCUGAAAAGGAGCCAGACGGAUGGCACUCUGGACCAGGUGCCCCACCGGGAGAAAAUGGAGCAGACAUUCAGGAGCGCUGAGCAGAUCGCUACACUGUGCAGGAACUUCGCCCACAGCCAGACCAACGGCAUGGACGGUGCCAGGGAGGGUCAGGACCUGCCCCCACGGCCACUGGCCCGCCACCUGUCAGACGCAGACCGCCUCCGCAAAGUCAUCCAGGAGCUGGUGGACACGGAGAAGUCCUAUGUGAAGGAUCUGAGCUGCCUCUUUGAGUUGUACCUGGAGCCACUUCAAAGUGAGACAUUCCUUACCCAAGACGAGAUGGAGUCACUUUUCGGAAGUUUGCCGGAAAUGCUGGAGUUUCAAAAGGUCUUUCUGGAGACCCUGGAGGAUGGGAUUUCGGCCUCCUCUGACUUUAACGUCCUGGAAACCCCCUCACAGUUCCGAAAGCUACUCUUCUCCCUUGGAGGCUCCUUCCUCUAUUAUGCAGACCACUUCAAACUGUACAGCGGAUUCUGUGCUAACCAUAUUAAAGUACAGAAGGUUCUAGAACGAGCAAAGACCGACAAGGCCUUCAAGGCUUUCUUGGAUGCCCGGAAUCCCACCAAGCAGCACUCGUCCACCCUGGAGUCCUACCUCAUCAAGCCCGUGCAGAGAGUGCUCAAGUACCCGCUGCUGCUCAGAGAGCUCGUGUCCCUGACGGACCACGAGAGCGAGGAGCACUACCACCUCACAGAAGCCCUGAAGGCAAUGGAGAAAGUGGCCAGCCACAUCAACGAGAUGCAGAAGAUCUAUGAGGACUACGGCGCCGUGUUCGACCAGCUGGUGGCGGAGCAGAGCGGGCCAGAGAAGGAGGUGACAGAGCUGUCCAUGGGAGAGCUGCUUCUGCACUCCACCGUGUCCUGGCUGAACCCGUUCCUGUCGCUGGGCAAAGUCAGGAAGGAGCUGGAGCUCACGGUAUUCGUUUUUAAGAGAGCUGUCAUACUGGUUUACAAAGAAAACUGCAAACUGAAAAAGAAGUUGCCCUCCAAUCCCCGACCUGCACACGGCUCUGCCGACCUGGACCCCUUCAAGUUCCGCUGGUUGAUCCCCAUUUCUGCGCUUCAGGUCCGACUGGGGAACCCUGCAGGGACAGAAAAUAACUCCAUCUGGGAGCUGAUCCACACCAAGUCCGAAAUUGAAGGGCGGCCGGAAACCAUCUUUCAGCUAUGCUGCAGCGACAGUGAGAGCAAAACCAGCAUGGUGAAGGUGAUCCGCUCCAUCCUGCGGGAGAACUUCCGGCGCCACAUCAAGUGCGAGCUGCCGCUGGAGAAGGCGAGCAAGGACCGCCGGGUGCCGCUCAAGAACCGAGUGCCUGUCUCCGCCAAAUUAGCUUCCUCCAGGUCUCUACGCGGCCUCAAGAAUUCCUGCAGCAGCGAGUGGCCCGGUGAGCCGGGCAAGGGCCACUCGCUGGACUCGGACGAGGGCAGCCUGAGCAGUGGCACCACGCAGAGCAGCGGCUGCCCGGCAGCUGACGGCAGGCGGGACUCCAAGGGCGGCUCGCCCGGGAAGGGGCCGGCCGGCUUCUCGGACAGCCUCAUCAAGGAGAGCGACAUCCUGAGCGACGAGGAGGACGACGGCUGCCGGCCGCCCCCGGGAGGGGGCAGCCCCACCAGAGACAUCGAGAUUCAGUUCCAGAGGCUGAGCAUCUCCGACGAUCCCGAGGCCCAGGCCGGGGAAGGGGAGCAGCAGUCCAAACUGGUUCGGGGCCACUUCUGCCCCAUCAAGCGCAAAGCCAACAGCACCAAGAGGGACAGAAGCAGCCUGGUCAAGGCGCAGACGCGCCACCAGUCCUUGGACUGCCAGUCGGAUAACGCCAGCCUGGACCUGAAUGCUGUCUUGGAGCGGGAGUUCAGUGUGCAGAGCCUGACGUCAGUGGUCAGCGAGGAGUGCUUCUACCAGCCCGAGGGCCAUGGCAAGUCCUAGCACGGCGGCCGGGCCGGGCGGGGCCGGGAAGGGCCGGGGCAGCGCCAGCGCCUGUCCCUCCGCCCCCAGGACAGCUGUAAAGACUUAAGUUAUUUUAAUUUAUUGUGGGUCAGAGAACUAGACGAAACUGGUCAGAAUCUGUCAGCUGCUUAGUUCACAAUCCUUCUGAGCAGAUACCACAGUGAUUUAGAUUUCUUAAAAUUAGAUUGCAUUUUCAAUAAAUAAUUUAUGUGGGGAAAAAAUUAAGGUUGGGAAGGUUGUGACUAAAACCUUUAAAGGGGUCUUUUUUUCUUAGACUCUGCCGGGCAUUCUCUCCAAGCUGUUAGUGUCUGCUUUAUUUAAAGCAUACUUAAGUUAUUCUGAUGUGGUGUCCGAGUCCGUGUGCACACACUCCCCGUUUAUACUGGACAUGCCAUAUCUAUGCAGUAUAUAUAUAUAUAAGCUUGUACGGUACUUUACUUGAUAUUUAUUUUCUCUACCAAGCUGUACAGUAAAAGGAGAACAUGU